UUUACCACAUCAGAUGGAUUACUUUUCACCAUAGAAACAGUGGAACUGGAAAGAAGAACAGAACACCAGGUUCUUAUCAAUACCUAGGUGGUCAUAAACUCACAAAGCACAUAGGAGUUGAGACUACAGCUUCAUCAGCGUAAGACAUUGUAUUUAGCACCAUGGGAGCGGCGCGUGUUAAGCGACGUUUCAGUGCGGUGGUUGACGGGCUGGUAGACGAGGAGGAAGUCAUUAAGCUGGCUCUGAGUGUUGCUGACACGGCCAGGGUGGGGGGGAGCACGGGAGGCUCAGGGAGCCCCACCAGCCCCUCUCCCACACACAACCGAAAUGGCAAAGCACUCUCCCUGCAGGGCAACGGCAGCAAUGCACGGAGGCCCAGCGGAGCCCUGGAGGCAGGAGGAGGGGAAGGAUCGAUGAAAGGAGGAGGGCGCUCAGGACUGAGGGGCGGGAGGGGCGGAAGUCUGGGGAGAAGGGGAGAAGGCUGUUCGUCCUCGGACCGAGAUUCAACACUGUCGUCCCCUUCCUCCUCAAGCCGCCGGCCCACCCGGCGCUCUAGCCGCCGGCCCCGCCACCGCUUUGUGGGCAAGGACGGGCGCUGCAACGUCACCUUCGUCAACAUGAGCGAGAGGGGCCAGCGUUACCUCAGCGACCUCUUCACCACCUGCGUGGACAUCCGCUGGCGUUGGAUGCUAGUCAUCUUCUGCCUCUCCUUCCUCCUCUCCUGGCUGCUCUUUGGCUUCGUCUUCUGGCUCAUUGCCGCCGCGCACGGGGACUUCGCCAUCCGCCUCAACCCCAGCUCGGGUGCCUCUUCCGGGGGAGGAGAUGAGUCCGGGGCAGGGGCGGUGGUGGAAGUGGAGGAAGCGUGUUUCGUUCAGGUGAACAGCUUUAUGGCGGCCUUCCUGUUCUCCCUGGAGACGCAGACGUCUAUCGGUUACGGCUUCCGCAGCGUGACUGAGUCCUGCCCCCUGGCGGUGAUGGCGGUCGUCUUGCAGUGCAUUGUGGGCUGCAUCAUUGACGCCUUCAUCAUCGGAGCGGUCAUGGCGAAGAUCGCUAAGCCCAAGAAGCGUAACGAGACGCUGUUGUUCUCUGACACGGCAGUGGUGGCGCUGAGAGACGGGAAACUCUGCAUGAUGUGGAGGGUGGGGAACCUACGCAAGAGCCACCUGGUAGAGGCACACGUACGUGCACAGCUAUUGAAGCCGAGGGUGACCCCAGAGGGAGAGUUCCUCCCGCUGGACAACGAGGACAUCAACGUGGGAUUCGACACGGGAACCGACCGCAUCUUCCUGGUUUCCCCGGUAACCAUCGUCCACGAGAUCAACGAUGAGUCGCCGUUUUUCGAGAUGGACCGUCGGACGCUGGAGGGCGACUCGGAGCUGGAGGUGGUGGUCAUUCUGGAGGGUAUGGUGGAGGCCACAGCCAUGACCACACAGUGUCGCAGCUCCUACCUCGCCUCCGAGAUCCUCUGGGGUCACCGCUUCGAACCUGUGCUCUUCCAGAGGAAGAACUGUUACCAGGUGGACUACUCGUUCUUCCACCGGACCUAUGAGAUUCCCAGCACACCCUCUUGCAGCGCUAAAGAGUUGGCCGAGCAGAAGUACAUCCAGGGCUCACGCUCCUCAUUCUGCUACGAGAACGAAGUAGCCCUGCAGCUCGUCUCCCCUGACAAUGACCCUGAGGGCAACCCUGGCGGCUGCCCCUCCCCCCUGACCCACCGAUCCUCCCUCUCACAACCCACCCACACUAACUAGGGAGGCGACAGGCAGAGGGGACAGGAAGUGACCUGGGAUCCACAGGAAGUCAGGGACAGACAGAGGCAGAAAGAGAGACAGGCUUCAUAGUGAAAGAGACCAAAGUAGAGAAAGGUAAGUACACGAUUUAGGGAAAAGGACAACAUUGAGAGACUGAAGUUGAGAGAGGUAUAGAAAGAGAAACAGAAGACACGACAAAGAUGCCGAGAGACAAACGGAGAGAGAGAGAUACUGUAUACUGUCAAACAGAGAGAGAAAAGGACAUACAGAUAGGACAGAAAAGGAAAGAGAGGGAUAGAAAGAGAGAAAGAGAGAGAGAACUGUCAUUGAAAGGGGUAGAUGGGCUGCUGCUACUCUGACUGUGUUGGCUGAUUUGGACAUAGCGAUCUUUCAGAAUCAUUAUGAACCCGUCUGUCUCAGACCCGUCCCGUCAACCAACCGCUACAUUCACCACUGGCUCCAGCACCUAACUGACCACACAUACAACAAUGACCCCUAUUGGCUUCAGUCUGUAACUGCAGCUCCUGUUCAGUUACAACUCACACUGGACACAUGGGAGUAAGGUGAAGCUACCCCCUAGACACUGAGCUAUGACCAGUUUAGUGUUUCUGCCCCCUAAUGGUGAAGGUUAGGUUUUCGAGAGGCUAAGCUGAUCCUAGAUCUGUGCCUACGGGUAACUUCUACCCCAAACCUGUGGAUGUUGAAUACUGUCUGACAGAAUGAGGUAAAACGGUGUAUAUCUACACAUUGAGGGAUGUUUGUUGAAUGACAAGGCAUUAUUGAUAUGUUUUGGAUUCUGGUCAUUUGUGUUCUGUCAAGGUUUGAGCAGGUCUGUUGUGUUAGACUGAUAUGUAACAAAAUGGAUACAGAGAAACAGCUGAAAAUAAGCAGCGGUUUUAAGCUGUUUCUUUGACUUGUACUGUAUGUUGUUAUUCUGUAUUUAUAAUGCAAGACUAUUAUAUAUUUACUAUAUUUAAUCCAACAUGUUGCAUGUUCAACUGGGUGCAGUGUCAGCACAAAACCAUAUGAGUGCAUAGUCUGGUAACAUGUUAUUUAAAGGUCUACUUCUAAACGUAUGAUUCAUUGUUUAAUAUGGUUAACUAUGGUUAAAAAACAAAGGUGUAUAAGUACUAUGUAAGCAGAACUUUGAUUAAAAUGUUACCUUAUGUUAUUUUUAAAUUCUACAGUACCCAGCUGAAGGGACAAUCUUGUGUUAAUGUUUACCUCUGUCUUGAAUAUGAGAUUCUGUCACCUGAGAUUCUGUGUUCCUCAAACAUUUAACUUUGUUUGAUUUUCCUCAGUAUUUUCUUUAUUUAGUUAAUUUGCUGAAUACUGUAUAUUUGGUAGAAUUUUAAGGGGGAAAUGGGGGAUGUUAAAGGUAGACUCAGAUGCAGAAUGACGUAGAUGACAUAUGACGUAGAUGCAGAAAGUAAACAGCAUAGAGGGGCAAUUUCCACAACAACUAAGAGCGUUGAAGUGUGAGGCUCAACUUCUCCUCUGUUUAAAUAAAUAGUGAGGGUAUUCCAUACUGGUAAAACAUGAGCCUAUCACAAUAAUGAAAACAAAAUGUUGCCGAGGCUGAGAUGAAUAGCUGACACCAAGACGCGCGCGGACAGCAGUGGACGCAUAAAUUCUGGCCUAAUGACAAUCACCAAAAUGUCAUUACACUUUGCGGUGUUUUGUGUAAAAGAUGUCUCUUUCCAUUUACCACUGUUUGGAGGCUGGAGAUAUGUUGAGAGUGGAUGAACGUGUAAAGGAGCCCUUUGAAGUGAAUGUUUGACAAACAUCAUGGCUGGUGGUUUAUGCCACAGUAGAAGGUAAUACAUUUUAAAAGUUAAAUAACAAAUCUUUAGUACUAGGCCCACAGAGAUCCUAAUGAAUUAAUAGAGAUUCUAUAUGUAAUGAAUGAAUAGGGAUUCUAUAUGGAAUUCUGUGAUCAUGUGAACAUAGGAGGUCCCUAUGUGGGAAGAAAUGACAUCUACUUUCACCCGUGUGUGUGACUGUGAUAGUGAAUUCUUGCAUCUCGCUCAUCUCAAUAACUGCAGUGCUGCUCGUGGCAACGUCAUUUAGCUGAGUUUACCUUUAAGGUGACAUUGUUGGAAGUGUACAGGCCUAGGCAGAGCACCCUAAGCUGGGACUGUAAAUGGACCGUAAACCUGUUGGACUGUCAUGACCACUGGAAGCAUGUACUGAGGACCUGAAAUGUACAACUGUCACUUCACUGCAGUACAUUUACGUAAGGAAAACCUCCCGGACCCCUCCCCUACGCCUUCCUGUUCUAACUGUAAACUGGGAGGGCUCACAACUGCACUGACAAACCACCUGAGGAGGAAUUGAAUUUCUGUGACAUUCUGUUCUCUGAGAGAGGUUCUGUUCAAAGAAUUAGAAUGGAUGAUUAAUCCUGAAUUCUAUGGUUCUGCUUUGGUCUGUCUCACACUAUGUGGGAGACUAAUGCAUUGGGUGGUGCAUUCAUAAAGAAGUCUAUGGUGUUAUUCUAUAACUAGCACGUCAUUUGCAAUGUUCAAAUGAGAUGUUUUUAUUGCCUGUCUAUUUUGUUGAUUCGUGUAACUCUUCUGAAAGUGAUGGUUUCUGAAAUAUGUAUACUGAUGUUAUUGAGAGAUGAAGAGUUCUAACUUCUAUGCUGUUACUACCACAAUUUUUAGUCACACUUUACAUUAAGUUAAACUGCCAUGUGUGGUAUUACAUAAUAACUAAGUCAUUAUUUCAAAUAGAAUCUAUUCAGUUUCCUUUUGCAGUAUUACAAUUCAAAAUCAUUGGGUUAUGCACCUUACCAGCAGUUACCAUGCACAAUAUAUCAUGAAUCUACAUGAUAUAACUUCAUGUAAAGUGUUGACCAAUUGUCUUGACCACAAGAUGAUACAACAGAGCUGUAUUGUUCUACCUACUACAAGGACGGCAACUCUGAAACUUUUACUUGCAUCUUUGCACAGAAGUAAGUUGACACUAAGGAUGAACUCAAAGGCAAAUAUCACAUACGUACAUACAAAGCACUGUAAAAGCACACAAACGGCUAUUGAAAUGGCAUUUUAAGACGUCACAUACUGUAUAUAGAAAGCAGCACUUCACACACACUGACCUUUUGAACAGGAAACAUGGAUAUUUCACCUUUUAAAGCAAAUUCCAUGAUAUGAUUUACAACCAUAUUGAUCGGUUAUAGUUGGUGUUAUUGACAUUUAUUCAACUUCCGUGUCUUUCCUUAUUUUCCUAUGUCUCCAUGGCUACCAAGUUCUAUUUAUAGGUGAAUGGCCGGUCCCGUCUGCUCC